CCAACUUGCCGCGCCGGGCGCGCGGGGCCGCGCCGCGACGGACCGACGGCUCGGCUCGGCUCGGCUCGGCUCGGCUCGGCACCGGCCCGGCUCCGCACGGCGCCCCCCUCCCCGAGCGGCGGCGGCCCCGGGCCGCGGCCCCCCCUUUGCGGUCGGAGAGGCGACAAGCACUGGGCCCUGCAAUGCCGUUUGGCUGCGUGACGCUGGGGGACAAGAAAGAUUAUAACCAGCCGUCCGAGGUGACCGACAGAUAUGACCUGGGCCAGGUCAUCAAAACGGAGGAGUUCUGCGAAAUCUUCCGGGCGAAGGAGAAGACGUCGGGCAAGCUGUACACCUGCAAGAAGUUUCUGAAGCGGGACGGGCGCAAGGUGCGGAAGGCGGCCAAGAACGAGAUCAUCAUCCUCAAAAUGGUGAAGCACCCCAACAUCCUGCAGCUGGUGGACGUCUACAUCACCCGCAAGGAGUACUUCAUCUUCCUGGAGCUGGCCACGGGCCGGGAGGUCUUCGACUGGAUCCUGGACCAGGGCUACUACUCGGAGAAGGACACCAGCAACGUCAUCCGGCAGGUGCUGGAGGCCGUCGCCUACCUGCACUCGCUCAAGAUCGUGCACAGGAACCUCAAGCUGGAGAACCUGGUGUACUACAACCGCCUGAAGAACUCCAAGAUCGUCAUCAGCGACUUCCACCUGGCCAAGCUGGAGAACGGCCUGAUCAAGGAGCCCUGCGGCACCCCCGAGUACCUGGCUCCGGAGGUGGUGGGGCGGCAGCGGUACGGGCGGCCGGUGGACUGCUGGGCGAUCGGCGUCAUCAUGUACAUCCUCCUCUCGGGGAACCCCCCCUUCUACGAGGAGGCGGACGAGGAUGACUACGAGAACCACGACAAGAACCUCUUCCGCAAAAUCCUGGCCGGGGACUACGAGUUCGACCCGCCCUACUGGGACGAUAUCUCGCAGGCGGCCAAGGAGCUGGUGACGCGGCUGAUGGAGGUAGAGCAGGACCAGCGGAUCACGGCAGAGGAGGCCAUCUCCCACGAGUGGAUCUCCGGCAACGCCGCCUCCGACAAGAACAUCAAGGACGGCGUCUGCGCCCAGAUCGAGAAGAACUUUGCCAGGGCCAAGUGGAAGAAAGCCGUGCGGGUGACCACGCUCAUGAAGCGCCUGCGGGCACCCGAGCAGACGGAGCCAGCCGCCAGCACCGCCACCACCACCACCACCACGGAGAGCGCGGCCCCCCCAGCCCCCACCACGCCACCCACCACCGCCACCACCCCAGCCCCCACCACGUGUAACGGGGACAGCGACGCCACCACCUGCCACCACCACUGCCACCACCGCCGCCACCGAGGCCCCCAAGGAGCCGAGCGGCUGAGCACCCCCUGUACAGAGCCCGGCAUGGCCCCCGCGCCCCCAGCCUGCGCCCCACUUUUCUACGUGCCCCAGCAGAGCGGGGCAGCGCCCUGCAUGGCCCCCCCACCCCGUGUCCCCCCCCCCCUGUGUCCCCCUUUCCACCGCUCUCCCCGUGUGUGUCCCCCCCCCCGGGGGCUCCCCGGCUGCAUGCGCCGGGCCCCGGUGGGACGGGGACCGGGAGCCCCCCCCCCGACCCCCCAGCACCCCACGGACACGGGUGGGGGUGCGGGGGGGGGGGCCACACGCGAGGACCCCGCUUCCCACCCCCGGAUGUCUGGCAAAUAAAGGCCCCGCCGCGGGCAAACCGGG